AUGACCUCGACCGAACAGGUCCCAAUUCCGGGCCCCAAGGGUGUUCCAUUCUUGGGAAAUGUCUACGACAUCGAGCCCGAGUUGCCCUUGCAAAGCUUUGAGCGGAUGGCCGAUAGCUAUGGCCCAAUCUAUCGCUUGACCACCUUUGGCAGAUCACGAGUAUUCGUUAGCUCACACGAGCUAGUAGACGAAGCCUGCGAUGAGGAACGCUUCAGCAAAAUGGUCUCCGCUGGUCUGGCUGAGAUCCGCAAUGGUAUUCACGACGGUCUCUUCACCGCGCACUAUCCUGGUGAAGAGAACUGGGCUAUUGCGCAUCGCAUUCUUGUUCCUGCGUUUGGUCCGCUGAUGAUUCGCGGCAUGUUUGAUGAAAUGUAUGAUAUUGCCACUCAACUGGUGAUGAAAUGGGCUCGGGUUGGCCCUGCAGCUCCUAUCCAGGUCACUGAUGACUUUACCCGCUUGACGCUGGAUACCAUUGCUCUUUGUGCAAUGGGCACUCGCUUCAACUCGUUCUAUCAUGAUGAAAUGCAUCCAUUCGUCGAGGCAAUGGUUGGCUUGCUAUCUGUGUCUGGACAUCGGGCUCUUAAGCCUGCUUUGCUCAACAACCUCCCCACUUCAGAGAACAACAAGUACUGGAGUGAUAUCGAGUAUCUGCGGAACCUGUCCAAGGAAUUAGUCGAUUCACGGAAGGAAAACCCCGUUGAUAAGAAGGAUCUUCUCAAUGCGCUUAUCCUGGGUCGGGACCCGCAGACUGGCCGGGGUAUGACAGACGACUCAAUUGUAGACAACAUGAUCACAUUCCUCAUCGCUGGCCACGAGACCACUUCCGGCAUGUUGUCAUUCCUGUUCUACCAUCUUCUCAAGAGCCCGAGCGCAUACAGAAAGGCUCAGGAGGAAGUCGACCGUGUGAUCGGUAAACGCAAGAUCACCGUCGAUGACAUGUCCAAGCUGCCAUACAUCACCGCUGUGAUGCGUGAGACGCUGCGUCUGAACCCCACAGCCCCGAUGAUUGCCCUGCACCCCCACCCCACUAAGAACCAGGAGGAUCCUCCCACACUUGGAGGUGGCAAAUAUGUGCUUAACAAGGACGAGACAAUUGCGCUCGUGCUUACCAAAAUGCACCGAGACCCGAAGGUCUACGGCCCCGACGCCGACGAGUUCAAGCCAGAGCGCAUGCUGGAUGAAAACUUCGAGAAGCUGCCCAAGAAUGCAUGGAAGCCAUUUGGAAAUGGCAUGAGAGGCUGUAUUGGACGGCCGUUCGCAUGGCAGGAGGCUCUCCUUGUGGUUGCGAUUUUGCUGCAGAACUUCAACUUCCAGAUGGACAACCCCAGCUACGAUCUCCGCCUUAAGCAGACACUUACCAUCAAGCCCAAGGACUUCCACAUGAAGGCUACUCUGAGAGAUGGAUUGGAUCCUACGCAACUCAGCACUACCCUAAGUGGCUUUGCCGCACCCACGGAGACUGGCGCCGCCAGCCGAGAUCGCAAGCCCAAGGUCGCAGCCGUGGAUGGCAAGCUGAAGCCAAUGCACGUGUUCUAUGGCAGCAACACAGGAACUUGCGAGGCGUUCGCCCGCAGGCUCGCUGAUGAUGCUACUGCAUACGGGUAUGCUGCGCAGACAAGCUCUUUGGAUUCAGCCAUGCAGAAUAUCCCCAAGAACGACCCUGUGGUCUUCAUCUCAGCUUCUUACGAAGGACAGCCGCCGGAUAACGCCGCUCACUUCUUCCAAUGGCUCAGUGAGCUUAAGGAUAACGCAUUCGAAGGUGUCAACUACGCUGUGUUCGGCUGUGGCCAUCAUGACUGGUCGUCCACCUUCUACCGUGUCCCUAAGGCCAUCGACCAACUAGCCAAGGAUAACGGGGCCAACAAGCUCUGCGAUAUCGGUCUCGCUGACGCAGCAAACUCAGACAUGUUCACCGAUUUCGAUGGCUGGGGUGAGACCUCGUUCUGGCCGGCUGUGAUGGCUAAAUUCGGUGGAGCUAGCCCUGAAACCGCUGGCAAGCCGAAGUCUUCAUUGCAGGUGGAAGUGAGCUCGGGUAUGCGCGCAUCCACCCUGGGUCUCCAGCUCGAAGAGGGUUUCGUCAUCGAGAACCAGCUCCUUACGCCACCCGGAGCCCCAGCCAAACGUGUGGUCAAGUUCAAGCUGCCGUCGGACAUGACCUACCAGUGCGGUGAUUACCUCGCAGUGCUACCCGUGAACCCAAGCUCAGUCGUCCGUCGCGCAAUCCGCCGCUUUGACCUCCCCUGGGACGCCGUGCUCAAAGUCCAGAAGCCCUCAGGCUCGACAUCCUCCCCCUCGAUCCCCAUCGACACGCCGAUCUCAGCUUUCGAGCUCCUAUCCACCUACAUCGAGCUAUCCCAACCUGCAUCGAAGCGCGAUCUCAAUGUCCUGGCCGACGCUGCAAUCUCAGACGCGGAAGUCCAAGCCGAACUACGCUACCUCGCCUCCAGCCCCAGCCGCUUCACCGAAGAAAUCGUCAAGAAGCGCGUCAGCCCACUAGACCUGCUAACCCGCUAUCCAUCAAUCAUGCUACCAAUCGGUGAGUUCCUCGCAAUGCUCCCACCAAUGCGCGUGCGACAAUACUCCAUCUCCUCGUCACCACUGGUCGACCCAUCCGAGUGCUCGAUAACCUUCACCGUCCUCAGCGCCCCCGCACUCGCCAGUGCGACCCCAGAAGACAGCGAAAGCAUCGAGCAAUACCUGGGCGUUGCAUCAAACUACCUAUCGGAGCUCCAUGCCGGCGAACGCGCACACAUCACAGUCCGCCCCUCGAACUCAGGCUUCAAGCCGCCAAUGGACCUCGAAACACCGAUGAUCAUGGCCUGCGCAGGUAGUGGGCUCGCACCGUUCCGCGGAUUCGUCAUGGACCGCGCGGAGAAGAUCCGCGGCCGCCGCAGCUCGCCUGACUCGGACGAGCUGCAUGAAAACGAGGCUUUCAAGCCUGCAAAGGCAGUGCUGUAUAUUGGCUGCCGCACAAAGGGCCAGGAUGAUAUCCACGCUGCUGAACUUGCGGAGUGGGCUGCGUUGGGCGCUGUCGAUGUCCGCUGGGCGUAUAGUCGCCCUGCUGAUGGAAGCAAGGGACAGCAUGUUCAGGAUGUCAUGCUUGAUGACCGUGAAGAGCUGGUGAAGCUAUUUGAUGAAGGUGCGAAUAUAUAUGUUUGCGGUAGUACUGGUGUUGGUGCUGGUAUUCGCGACGCUUGCAAACAGAUGUAUCUUGAGAAGCGUCGUGCCGUGCACGCUGAGCUUAGGGAGAAGGGGGAGACCCCACCUGGUGCUGACCUUGAGGAGGAUCAGGCUGCUGAGCAGUUCUUUGAUAAUUUGCGGACGAAAGAGCGUUAUGCUACCGAUGUGUUUACUUAG